AAUAAGCUUUAUUCGAAUGAAACUGCAUUAAAAUGAGUCGCUUUCGCAGUGACAAUGAAUUCACUGUAACUACUGGCAGAGAUGGACACAGAUCGUUUGGAGAACAUGAUGACAGAUGGGCUCCCAGAUCACAGAGAGGACGUGGUGGGGGUGGAAAAUACAGGGGUCGAGAUAAUUAUGGUGGACGUAACAAAUCAGGUCGUGGUGAAGGGUCAGAUAGAGAAAGUCAUAGAGGUGGCCGAGAUUAUUUAAACCGGGGGCCUAGAGGAAUAUCUAAACGAGGAAAAUCAGUACAUUUUAACCCACGAGGAGCCAGAUUAGAUGAUGAUGGAGAUGAAAUGAUGGGAGGAGAUGAUAGUUCUUCUUCUAGAGGUAGAUCUAGAUUCAUUCCAUAUUCAGCUCGACCUAAAUCAAGACGUGGAGGACGUGAUAGAGGAGACAGAGGAAAUACUGUUCGUUUUGAGCCUGUUAGUGACUGGUAUAAAGUGAUUAUUCCAUAUGGAAAGAAACAUGAGAAGUCAUUAUUAUUAAAGACUCUUCUAUCCUUAAUUGAUGGGUCGUUUGAACCAAUACAGUUUCACUAUGACUAUAAAAAUGCUGUGUUUCAUGUCAAUGAUUCUGCUGCUGCGAAACAAAUCAAGAUGGCUUCCAAGAAAGCCACGUUACCAGACGGCUUUAAGUUAUUAACGGUAGUAACAGCUUCCCGUUCACCGAUUCCAUCCAGUCUUAAGGAAGAUGUUAAAGAAAAGUUGAAAGUAGUUAUGAGUUCUAGAUAUGACCCAGCAACAAAACUUCUUGAUCUCACCUCUCUACAUACAGAUGAAAGUUUAACUAAAGAUGAGUUGUACAUGUCUUUGAGUAGACCUAAUGUCUUAAUGACUAUAACAGAUAUAAUAAAACAACAUAUUCCAGAGAUGAUUGGUUUAAUAUUACGAACAAAUAAACUCCAUUCUUUAAGUGGGUUGAAAGAUUUGGUUGAAUCUACUCCCAAUUUGACUAAUUUAGAUCUUUCUGACAAUAAGACAACAGCUAUGAUAAUUGAUAUACAGCGUCAUCAAGUAACGCGACAGUUAACCAAUGACGGUGCUGUAAGGAAGAGAUUCAGUAAAAUUGUGAGCUUGGAUGGAAAUGUGUUACCACCAACUAUUAAGUUUGAUUUAGAUGCUGUGACUACCCUACCUCCUACCAAGGGAAGUUAUUUUAGUGAUGAGAAUAUUAAAGGUCUAAUUGUCAAGUUUUUACGAGAAUUUUACUCCUUAUACGACAGCGACAAUAGACAUCCUUUGAUUAAUGCCUACCAUGACCAGGCAGUGUUUUCAUUAUCAGCCAGUAUAAAUGGAGCUAUUGAAUAUAAACAAUCCAGUUUACAUGAUUAUAUCCCAGAGAGUAGAAAUAUUAUUAAAGGCACUAGAAAUCUUGAUAAAAAUUAUCGUCAGUUAAAACAAGGAAAGUUAGUUAUUGUAUCUCAACUCUGUCUGCUACCUAAAACUAACCACGAUCCUAAUUCUUUUAUUGUUGAUGUUGGACUAGUCUCGCCCAAUGUCAUGUCCUUUUCUGUUACUGGUGUUUUUAAAGAAUCUGACAGCAAAGUAGAUAAACCACCAAUUAGAGCAUUUUCUCGACAGUUUGUAGCUGUACCUAGUGGAGAAGGUAUUUUAAUCACCAAUGACAUGUUAACAAUAACUAAUGCUUUACCAGAACAACAACAGAAUGCCUUCAAGACAACAGGGCCCACACCAUCAUCUAGUCCAGUUCUAGCCAACCCUCCUUCCUUACCUGGUAAAAUGUCACUCACAGCCACACCCUCUUUACCUACUGACAUGUCAACAAGCAGUGUCUCCUCCCUUCAGACUAACAUGUCUUUAACUGCACCAGCAGCGAGUUCUAUUUACACUCCCCAACAACAGCACAUGUUACAACAAUUUAUGCUGGACUCUAAAAUGAACCUACAGUUUUCAGCAAAAUGUCUUGAAGAAAAUAUGUGGAAUUAUGAGAAAGCUGGUCAGAUCUUUAUAGAAUUAAAUAAAUCUGGAAAAAUACCUCCAGAAGCUUUCAUCACUUAA